AUGGCGGCGACGUCAUACUCUUCGGACCCUACGCUAUACCUCUAUACUUCCCUGACAGCCGGAUCGUCUCAUAUCAUCACCGCCACUUCAAGGCUAGAGACCAUUCUCAAGGCCAACAAGAUCCCGUUCCGCGCUCUUGACUGUGCAACAGAUGAGAAGGCUCGCAUGCUGUGGGGCAGAAGAUCCAAAGGCAGGAAAUUGCCAGGUCUAGUGAAAUAUGGAGAGAUCAUUGGAGACCUUGAGCAAAUUGAAGAGUGGAAUGAAUAUGGCGAGCUCAAAGACCAAAUAGCAGCUACUCAGGAUUUCGGCAGCUUCACCACUGGUACCGCGGCUGCGACCAAACUGGCGCCCGAGAUGCCUGGUGCCAGUACUGCCAGCACUCCACAGAGAUCAGGACCGCCCUCCCGCGCCUCAUCGGAAACUCGCCACAUAUCGAUCACCGAACCCAAGGAGAGAAAGGAUGGAGAUGGCAAGUCCGGUUCAUUACAGAAACCCGCGGAUACCCCUGUGAACAUAGCCAUGCGACAACUAGGCGCAGAAGCCGCAGCCAAAGCGGCUCAAAAGAAGACCGGUGCUGCUGCCUCUCAGCCACUAAAGGCCGCGGCCGCGCCGGUGACUGAGAGGAGCAUCCCAGACCAAACCCCGUCAUCCGCAGCCGCGAAGUUAAGCACUGAAGAAGCCGUUACCUCUGCAGAUACUGCCGCGGAAGUCACUGCUGCCAAAACACCCGCCCAGUUGGCGAGCGAAGGUGCAGGGAGAACCUCAAUCGACAAGAUUGCCGAGUCGGAAGACAAGCUGGCCUCAGGGGCUGCCGAGAUGGAACAACAACCCAAAUCGACGGAGGAACAACAACUUGAGAUGCGCCGGACGAGCAGCGUGACCAAAUCCAAGUCCCGAUUGAGCGACGUCACGCCGAUCGCGGAGAGCGAUUCAAUCGUUGCAGAGCCAGAAGAAAGCGUCAAGUCGCCAUCACCUGUAGCCGUACCGGAAGGUGAAGUCAGCGCCCGACCCGCGGAUAUGCCACGACAACACCGGGGGAGCGAUAUUGGUCAGGCGAGCUUAGAAGAGAUCAAAGCAUUGGAGAAGAAGAUGAGCAUACCGGAGGAGGGCGACGCAGGAGACGACAACGUUACAUCGACGACAACCAAAGUACCGGCAGUAUCGACCACGGAUAAGGCAGAAGAGAAGGCUACGAAGGGAAUAGAGACACAGAAGACGGAGCCAAAGGAUGCGGACAAGGCCGGGGUUAGCGUCGGUGAUUAG